AUGGCUGAAGCUUCUGGGAGCGCUUCCCUGACCGGGAAGCCCAUCCAGUUUGUCCCCAACUCGUCCGAGAUCGAGCUCCCGUUUUAUUCGGCGCUCUUUGCCUCCAAGUUAGACCACGACAAGCUCGACGACUCGGCCCGCCAGGUUCUGGGCCUGUAUGAACCUCGCGCGAUCGAGCCCGAGGACAGCUGCAAGCUUCAGGUUUUAGGAAAUGCCUUGACUAGCACUCAGGGUGCCCUCGGAACGAUUCGCGCAGAUGGAAUCAUCAAAAACACAAACACGAUGGAGGAGUUUAAAAACCUUGACAAGCCGACCAUGAUAAGAAAUGCGGGUCGACAAAUUUGGGACGCGAUCAAGGACGGAUCCAUCUACUCGAUUCCGUCGCUCCUCUCGUCAUUUAACAUUAUUUCGUACGCCGACUUAAAGAAAUACCAGUUCACGUACUGGUUCGCGUUUCCCGCCCUGCAUUCUUCGUGGGUUCAUACCGAAGAGCCUUCGCGUCUGACAGCGAACGAGAGCACGGCUCUGGUUGACAAGGUCGGCACCUGGCGGUACAGCGUCGACAAUAGAGAACAUGGCUACUUCCUCGCAAAGAAGGUUGCCCGACCAGUGGAUGAGUCACCGGAGGACAGGACUGAUAGCCUCAGCUUUGCCUGGAAGAUUGGUUCGCUGCGAGAGUACGAGGCUGGAAACUCGGAAAAGUCCUUCUUCGACAAUGUUCCUGAGAAGGACCGUUAUAUCUGCUUCGUAGACCCCUCAACCUACACCCACAACCCAGGCUGGCAGCUGCGAAACUUGCUAGUGCUCAUUCAACAGCGCUUCAAGCUUAGCCAGGCCCAAAUCCUCUGCUAUCGAGAUGUCCAGGCUCGCCGCCACGAGGCGCGCAGUGUUAUUUUGCCCAUCAAGCAGGCUGAGGGUUCCGUUGUUGAAUACGCCGAGGGAGAAAUGCCCAAGGUCACGGGCUGGGAGCGGAACGGAAAGGCGCUGAGGGCCAAGCAGGCCAACUUGGCUGAGUACAUGGACCCGGCGAGGCUCGCGGACCAGUCGGUCGACCUAAACCUGAAGCUUAUGAAGUGGCGAAUCGCUCCGGACCUCAACCUGGAUAUCAUCAAGAACACGAAAUGCCUUCUCCUCGGUUCGGGAACGCUCGGUAGCUAUGUUUCGCGGAAUCUAAUGGGUUGGGGCGUUCGACAGAUCACCUUUGUCGAUUACGGCAAGGUUUCGUUCUCGAACCCCGUGCGUCAGCCUCUGUUCGAGUUCAAAGAUUGUCUCGGCGGAGGUGCUCCCAAGGCGACUCGGGCCGCCGAGGCCCUCAAGCAAAUUUACCCCGGUGUCGAGACCGAGGGCCACGUUCUCACCGUGCCCAUGCUGGGCCAUCCAUUUGCGGACGAUGGGAAGCAGACCAAGGCAGAUUUCGAAAAACUCCAGGCGCUCAUCGAUGCUCACGAUGCCAUCUUCCUCUUGAUGGAUACACGCGAGUCACGAUGGCUGCCCACGGUCAUGGGUAAGGCAGGCAACAAAGCUGUUUUGACGGCGGCUUUGGGCUUUGACUCAUACGUCGUGAUGCGCCAUGGCGCAGAGGAAAAUGUCGAGGGAGAGUCUAUGAAGGAUCAAACCCUUGACCAGCAGUGUACCGUUACCCGUCCCGGCGUCGCCGCCAUCGCAUCCGCACUCGCCGUCGAGCUCCUCACCAGCAUUCUCCAGCACCCUCUAGCCCAUCGCGCUCCCGCCCCGCGCGUGACUCCUGGCUCCAUCCCAGAACGCGAUCCUCCCGAGCACCCGCUUGGCCUUGUGCCUCACCAAAUCCGGGGCUACGUAUCGACCUUCCAGACUCUCAACAUUCAGGGUCAUGCCUAUCCUAAUUGCAGCGCCUGUAGCCAACCCGUUCUCGAUGCCUACCGUCGGGAUGGGUGGGAGUUCGUAAAGCGGGCCCUCCUCGACAAGGAGUACAUCACUGAACUGUCGGGCCUAGCAGAGAUCCAGCGUCAGGCUGAACUCGCGGCCGCCGAUCUCGACUGGGAUGAGGAAGAGGGAGAAGGUGGCGAGGACGAAGGCGAGGGUGAGCUGCUUUAG